UCCCCAGCCUUUAACUUAAAAUAGUCAGUUUUUGGCCCGAACUCAUUAGAAUAACAACUAGUCUGAAAAAUUUCAUUUCUGCUUUUGGUUCAGAGUCCCCAAAAAAUCAGAUUUUCCAAUUUUAAAUCUUUUUAUUCGUACGAAUUAAAAUAUUUCCGGGAUGUUGUCCAUUGCAAAAAAUAACGGUGUCCACACUGUCAGACCAAUUUAUCGGUGUCUGUCAGUCAAUUCAACUCUCAUGAAUUUUACCAGAAAACAAAAGGAAGAAAGACCAGUGAAUGUCUUUGGCAGGAAACAGAAGGAGGAAAAGCCUUUCACUGUGCAUGGCAAAAUCUUCUACAGGAAGCGAAGUGAAGAAAAACCAUCAGAAAGUUUCGAUGUCUCCUGCAAGAAGCAAAAAGAAGAGAAGCCAUAUUCUGUAAAGAUACAGUGCUCUUAUCGCAAGCAAAAGGAUGAAAAGCCCUUCGUUGCAUUGGAAAGCUUCUGCAGAAAGCAACAGGAAGAAAAACCAGAAAUCUACGGGGAAAUCUUAUGCAAAAAGCUACAGGAAGAAAAGCCCGUAGAUGUCUUUGGUCAGGUCGUAAGCAAAACGCAACAGGAGGAAAGACCCUUCUCUGUGAAUGGAAGCUUUGGCAAGAAACAACGGGAAGAGAAACCAGUAGAUGAUGAUGUCUCCUGUAAGAAGCAAAAGGAAGAGAAGCCAUAUUCUGUGAAAAUACAAAGCUUUCGACGUAAGCAGAAAGAUGAGAGGCCAUUCGUUGCAUUAGAAAACUUUUGCAAAAAGCAAAAGGAAGAAAAGCCAGAAAUCUACGGGGAAAUCUUAAGCAAAAAGCUACAGGAAGAAAAGCCCGUAGAUGUCUACGGUCAGGUCGUUAGCAAAAAGCAACCGGAGGAAAAACCCUUCUCCGUGAAUGGAAGCUUUGGCAAGAAACAACGGGAAGAGAAACCAGUAGAUGACGAUGUCUCCUGUAAGAAGCAAAAAGAGAAACCUAUAGAUAUCAAUGAGAUGGUGGCCUUCCGUCAAAUGGAAGAGAAACCUAUAGAUAUCAAUGAGAUGGUCUCCUUCCGGCAAAAGGAAGAGAAGCCUAUAAAUGUCAAUGAGAUGGUCUCCUUCCGGCAAAAGGAAGAGAAACCUAUGAAUAUCAAUGAGAUGGUCUCCUUCCGGCAAAAGGAAGAGAAACCCAUAGAUAUCAAUGAGAUGGUCUCCUUCCGGCAAAAGGAAGAGAAACCCAUAGAUAUCAAUGAGAUGGUCUCCUUCCGGCAAAAGGAAGAGAAACCUGUAGAUAUCAAUGAGAUGGUCUCCUUCCGGCAAAAAGAAGAGAAACCUAUAGAUAUCAAUGAGAUGGUCUCCUUCCGGCAAAAGGAAGAGAAACCUGUAGAUAUCAAUGAGAUGGUCUCCUUCCGGCAAAAGGAAGAGAAACCUGUAGAUAUCAAUGAGAUGGUCUCCUUCCGGCAAAAGGAAGAGAAACCAGAGCUCUCCGACAUUUCUUGCAAAAAGCAGCAGGAAGAAAAGCCGUUCGUUGCAAAUGCCAGCUUUGACCGUAAGCAGAAGGAAGAAAAUCCUAUGAAUGAGAUGGUUUGCCGGAAGCAAAAGGAAGAGAAACCUGUAGAUAUCAAUGAGAUGGUCUCCUUCCGGCAAAAGGAAGAGAAACCUAUAGAUAUAAAUGAGAUGGUCUCCUUCCGGCAAAAGGAAGAGAAACCUAUAGAUAUCAAUGAGAUGGUCUCCUUCCGGCAUAAGGAAGAAAAGCCCGUAGAUGUCUUUGGUCAGGUCGUAAGCAAAAAACAACAGGAGGAAAAACCCUUCUCUGUGAAUGGAAGCUUUGGCAAGAAACAACGGGAAGAGAAACCAGUAGAUGAUGUCUCCUGUAAGAAGCAAAAGGAAGAGAAACCUGUAGAUAUCAAUGAGAUGGUCUCCUUCCUGCAAAAGGAAGAGAAACCUAUAGAUAUCAAUGAGAUGGUCUCCUUCCGGCAUAAGGAAGAAAAGCCCGUAGAUGUCUUUGGUCAGGUCGUAAGCAAAAAACAACAGGAGGAAAAACCCUUCUCUGUGAAUGGAAGCUUUGGCAAGAAACAACGGGAAGAGAAGCCAGUAGAUGAUGUCUCCUGUAAGAAGCAAAAGGAAGAGAAACCUUUUGCUUUAAUUCAUGAAAUCUUUAGCAAGAAGCAAAAAGAUGAAAAGCCAUUAGAUUUCUUUGGUCAAGUCGUGAGCAAAAAGCUACAGGAAGAGAAACCAGAGCUAUACGACAUUUCUUGCAAAAAGCUACAGGAAGAAAAGCCCGUAGAUGUCUUUGGUCAGGUCGUAAGCAAAAAGCAACAGGAGGAAAAACCCUUCUUUGUGAAUGGAAGCUUUGGCAAGAAACAACGGGAAGAGAAACCAGUAGAUGACGAUGUCUCCUGUAAGAAGCAAAAAGAAGAGAAACCUGUAGAUAUCAAUGAGAUGGUCUCCUUUCGGCAAAAGGAAGAGAAACCUAUAGAUAUCAAUGAGAUGGUCUCCUUCCGGCAUAAGGAAGAAAAGCCCGUAGAUGUCUUUGGUCAGGUCGUAAGCAAAAAGCAACAGGAGGAAAAACCCUUCUCUGUGAAUGGAAGCUUUGGCAAGAAACAACGGGAAGAGAAACCAGUAGAUGAUGAUGUCUCCUGUAAGAAGCAAAAGGAAGAGAAGCCCUUAGUUGCAUUAGAAAGCUUUUGCAAAAAGCAGAAGGAAGAGAAACCUUUUGCUUCAAUUUAUGAAAUCUUUAGCAAGAAGCAAAAAGAUGAAAAGCCAAUAGAUUUCUUUGGUCAAGUCGUGAGCAAAAAGCUACAGGAAGAGAAACCAGAGCUGUACGACAUUUCUUGCAAAAAGCUACAGGAAGAAAAGCCGUACGUUGCAAAUGCCAGCUUUGGCCGUUAGCAGAAGGAAGAAAAGCCUAUCGUUUCACUGCGGUCGUAGAUAUGAAAACAUCGUAGAGGAUCAAGAUUGUCAUCGAUCCUCUUCUAAAUCCAUUUAAAAAUUGUGAAAUUUGAAUAAAUUAAUUAUAAAUUCAAA